CUUCGCUUCCGUUUCUUUUGGCCUUUUCUUGGGAUGCAAAACCAAACCAGUUUCCUUUUACCGCUUAUCACUCUCAUUCCCAUUGCAACAUCCACUUCUCUUCUCUAAAGAUUCAUACUUUCCAACUAGUCUGCCUCCUUGCCCUCAAAGUCUCAACCUUGGCCGCUGUUUUUGACUCAUAUGUAAGCACAACCACCGUCUACCACCCCUUGUUGUAACUAUAGUACUACACAUGUUUUUUUUCUUUUUCCAACCUUUGCCAGUCAACUUCAUCUGUCAUCCACUGUUGGCAUAACUUGUUACAGCUCCACCUGAUCUGUUUUCCCUUCAUGCUUUUGUUGCAUCAUUUUGUCUAGUACUGGCAAUCCAAGUCCAAGUUGUAUUUGGGUUGUGAGUGGAUGUGAAUAAUAAGAUGCAAGGUUUGAUAGGUGGUGAAGUAAGCAUGGGGGAGAAGAAAAGGGAAGUGAUGGUGGCGAUUCCAAAUGAGGGUGGUGGUGAAUCUCUGAUGCCAAAGCAGCAGAGCAGGGUGAAUUCGCCACAUAGAAUAUGCAACGACAACGAGGUUGCAGCAAAGUCCCCACCUUUGAACUGUGCUUCCCCUGAGAUAAAGUUCAUGCCAAGCCCAAACAAGCCCCCAAAAGUUCCCACUUCCAAUGCCAACCUUACCCGGAGAAAAUCACUCACAAGGUCAGUGUAUUCCAAACCCAAAUCAAGGUUUGGUGAACAACCUUACCCUGUGGAUGGUACCCUUUUGGAAGAGAAUGGCAGCUCAGGUUUGCAAGAACAAUUGACUGUUAGUUCGCCAUAUAAAGCAUCACCUAAUAACAAAACUGGGUCUGGAACUGUUAAUAGAACAGUCUCCAUCCUUUCUGUUAUCACACCGAAGACACCGUUGAUGGCGUCUCCUGGGCCGGCCGGGGAGGAUUUUGAUGAACUCGUUUACAAGAAAGUUGAAUUGAGUAAAAGCAAGCGUAGUAGGAGAGUGACAACUAAGGUUUUGAUUGAAUGGUUUGUGUUUGUGUGCAUUGCAAGUAGCUUGGUGGCUAGUUUAACUGUUGGCAAACUGGAAAGGAUGGAGAUUUGGGGUUUGGGGUUUUGGAGGUGGUGUGUGCUUGUGAUGGUGACCUUCUGUGGCAUGUUGGUUACCAGAUGGUUCAUGCACAUUGUUGUUUUCUUGAUUGAGACCAACUUUUUGUUGAGGAAAAAGGUGCUGUAUUUUGUCCAUGGACUGAAGAAGUGUGUUCAGGUCUUCAUUUGGAUUGGUUUGGUUCUUCUCGCAUGGGUGCUGUUGAUUAAUCGCGGGGUCAACCGGUCUGAAUUGGCCACAAAGAUUUUGAAUGGGGUAACAUGGACUCUUGUUUCCCUCCUCAUUGGAGCAUUCCUGUGGUUCAUGAAGACAUUGUUACUGAAGAUUUUGGCGUCGAAUUUCCAUGUUAAAUCUUUCUUUGAUCGAAUUCAAGAAUCACUCUUCCAUCAGUACAUUCUGCAGACUCUCUCUGGGCCUCCACUUGUAGAAGAGGCUGAGAAGAUCGGAACAGCACGAAGUCUUAGUCAUUUUAGUUUCAGGAGUACAGAUGGUAAAGGCGGCACAAAGAAACAGACUAUUGAUAUUGCAAAGCUUCACCAGAUGAAACAAGAGAAAGUUUCUGCAUGGACUAUGAAGGUUUUGGUAGAUGCAAUGACAAAUUCAGGGCUGUCCACAAUCUCUAGUGCGCUGGAUGAAAGUUUCGAUGAUGGGGAAAAUGAACAAACUGAUAAAGAGAUUACUAAUGAGAUGGAAGCAACUGCUGCUGCCUAUUACAUUUUCAGAAAUGUUGCUGCCCCUGGUUGCACGUACAUUGAUGAAGAUGAACUUCGGAGGUUCAUGAUUAAGGAAGAAGUGCGAAUGGUAUAUCCCCUACUGGCUGAAGCAGAAACGGGGCAGAUUACCAGAAAGUCCUUAACAGACUGGUUGUUGAAGGUAUAUCAAGAACGCAAAGCAUUGGCACAUGCCUUAAGUGACACCAAAACAGCUGUAAAACAACUAAAUAAGCUCGUAACUGGAAUCCUAGUAGUGGUGACCAUAAUUGUGUGGCUUCUACUGAUGGAGAUUGCAACAACUAAAGUACUUGUUUUCCUCUCUUCUCAACUAGUACUUGCAGCUUUCAUGUUUGGAAACACAUGCAAGAACAUAUUUGAAGCUAUCAUCUUCGUGUUUGUAAUGCAUCCAUUUGAUGUUGGUGAUCGAUGUGUUAUUGAUGGUGUUGAGCUAUUGGUUGAAGAAAUGAAUAUAUUGACAACAGUCUUCUUGAAGCUUAAUAAUGAAAAGGUUUUCUAUCCAAACUCUGUUCUGGCCAUAAAACCAAUUAGCAAUUAUUACAGAAGCCCAGAUAUGGGUGACGGUGUAGAGUUCUCCAUUGAUUUUACGACACCUGCUGAGAAGAUUGGGGCACUGAAAGAAAAAGUAAAGAGGUACCUGGAGAGAAAUCCACAAUACUGGCAUCCUAAUUUCGGCUUAUUAGUGAAGGAGAUUGUAGAUGUAAACAAGAUAAAGAUGGGUGUCUAUGUUACCCACACAAUGAACUUUCAAGAGUUUGGGGAGAAAAACAGGCGAAGAACUGAACUGGUGAUGGAAAUAAAGAAAAUAUUUGAAGAACUGAAUAUCAGAUACAACCUUCUUCCUCAAGGCGUUCAUCUCAGACAUAUUGAACCAGUCACAAAUGUGCAAAAUAUAUGAUUCAACUACAUGUGUGUGCCUCCUAUGUUUUCAUUUCAUCUGUCAAAUACCAUCAGACCUUUUCUUUGGUUGAUUAAAGUUAUGAUAGUUGGGAGUGGUGCUUAACAAUUUAUGAUAGUAUGUAAAAGUAUAGGGCCUUAGCAGACAGUAUUAACAAUUUUUUUCCUACGUUAAGAAAUUAUGAAUGUAAGACACUUAUGCUUGACUAUACGAACCUUGUGGAUCCAAUGUACGGAGGUUUAUUUUCUUUCUUCU